AUGGAGCUGCUUGAUAAAUUAUUUGAUCACGAUGUUUUAUUUUCAUUGACAAAACUGAUAUUAGAAGGGAUAGUGACUGGACCUAAUGUUGUUGCCAAGCUAUUAUCGGUGCUUUGUCAUCAGUGUUCAUAUACAUAUAUUGUUCAAUGGUUUGUGAAAACUACGAUAUCAUUAUCGGACACAAGUCGUAUUUUGUUAAAUGCAUUGCAACAAUUGAAAGGACGAAUACCAAUCGAAUUAGAAUUAUUUUUAUAUAAGGAUGAUUAUUCUAUUAAAGCUUUCACAUUACCACGAAAGGACAAAUAUUUAUGUGCUUAUACCUAUUUAAAUAAAAACAUUGUUCACGUACAAAGUCAUUGGUCAUGUACUUUAUCAACAGCUUUAAAUAAUCGUUUGACGUGUAUCAAUACAGUAGCAUUGAAUGGUAGAUCUUCUCAAGCCAAUCUCGAAUUUCUCUCUUACUUACUAACUAUAGUUUCUUGCCGUCAAAUUACUUCGCUUACAAUUUAUAAUUCAUUCGAUUUAUAUCAACUACGUUUGCUCUUAUCAAAAAUGAUUCAUUUACGUACUCUAGAGCUUUUUUAUCAAUUCGAUUAUGAUUUAGAUGAUGAAAGAAACAAGCAGAAUGUAAUCAAACUUUUCAAUAAUACUUCUUUAUGUAAUAUACUCAUGUCAAAUGGAUUAAAAAAACUACAUUUUUACACGAAUUGGGAAUGUCCAGAUACGAUAGGUAUUGUUUCUUUAAUUGUGAAACAAUUGCCACAUCUGGAAAUCAUGGAGUUAAACUGUCAUAAUGGUAGUCAAGUUCCUGAAAUAUUACAUAUACUAAUAAAUGGUCUGCCAAAAUUGAAUUUUAUCAUUUUUCAUGGUGUUUUAACUGGUGAAAAUGAACAGGAGUCAAAGAUGCGUGAUCUUCCGAAUCAUUGUAAACGUGCAUAUCGAAUGGAGGAUCUUCGAGAACACAUUAAUGCCCCAAUACUUCAUGUAUGGCUUCAAUAA